ACUGCUUCUUCGAAUCCGUAGUUUUUAAUCCAAGCUUAUAAUAUGCUUGCUAUUCUGAAGUUAGAAGGCUUCAUCUUAAAACCAGACUGGGACAUGUGGAAGCUAUUAGACAAGAAAAGAUACAAUAUUGUGGUUCAUUUUACCAUGACGUUUGUCAAUCUGCUGUUGAAGAAUACAGGCAGGGUUAAUUUCGUUCGAUUUUCUCACAUAAGUCGCUCAGUACCACUUAGUAAAUUUGAAGACAAAACCCUAGAUUAUGAUAAAUUGGAACACAAUCUAAAUAUAGUGAAAGAUCGACUUGGACAUCCGUUAACACUAGCCGAGAAAGUGUUGUAUUCUCAUCUUGACAACCCAAAAACUGCAAAUAUUGAAAGAGGUAAAAGCUAUCUCAUGCUUAGGCCCGAUCGUGUUGCAAUGCAAGAUGCUACAGCACAGAUGGCUCUAUUACAGUUUAUUAGCAGUGGUCUUCCACGUGUCGCUGUACCUUCAACUGUCCACUGUGAUCAUCUUAUUGAGGCUAAAGAUGGUGCAGGAACAGAUCUUAAUCGUGCGAAUGAUACCAACAAGGAGGUUUACGAAUUUCUUGCAUCUGCUUCGGCUAAAUAUGGGAUUGGAUUUUGGAAGCCUGGAUCAGGAAUAAUUCACCAGAUUGUUUUAGAGAACUAUGCAUUUCCUGGUGCAUUAAUCAUUGGCACCGACAGUCAUACACCUAAUGGUGGCGGACUUGGUGGUUUGUGUAUUGGUGUUGGUGGUGCAGAUGCUGUGGAUGUAAUGGCUAAUUUACCAUGGGAGUUGAAGGCCCCACUAGUGAUUGGCGUACAUCUAACAGGUAAAUUAUCUGGUUGGACAAGUCCAAAAGAUAUCAUAUUAAAGGUAGCUGAAAUCCUAACAGUGAAAGGUGGAACUGGAGCCAUCGUUGAAUAUUAUGGUCCUGGUGUUGAAUCGAUUUCAUGCACCGGUAUGGCUACAAUUUGUAAUAUGGGCGCUGAGAUCGGUGCUACAACAUCAAUUUUUCCAUUUAACGAUCGAAUGCUGGAUUAUUUACGUGCUACAAAUAGAGCGGAUAUAGGAGAUUUAGCUUCGAAGCAUAAGGCUUCUUUACUUACAUCAGAUGUAAAUUGUAAAUAUGAUAAAAUAGUUGAAAUAAAUUUGGAUACCUUAGAACCACAUAUAAAUGGUCCGUUCACACCAGAUCUGGCACAUCCAAUUUCACAACUAUCCAGUCAUGCAUCCAAAGCAGGUUGGCCGCUGCAUAUCAGUGCUGGACUUAUCGGUUCCUGUACCAAUUCAUCUUAUGAAGAUAUGGCACGUGCUGCCAGUUUAGCUCGUCAAGCUUUAGAUAAAGGUGUUAAAAUUAAAUCACAAUUCUUUAUAACACCUGGUAGUGAACAAAUUCGUGCAACUAUUGAACGUGACGGUAUCACGAAAAUAUUUCAAUCUAUUGGUGGUGUAGUAUUAGCUAAUGCAUGUGGUCCAUGUAUUGGUCAAUGGUCUAGAAAGGAUACAAAGAAAGGUGAUAAAAAUACGAUUGUUUCAUCGUACAAUCGUAAUUUCACUGGUCGUAAUGAUGCUAAUCCAGCUACACAUGCAUUUGUUACUUCACCGGAAUUAGUCACAGCUUUAGUAUUCGGUGGAAGUUUAUCAUUUAAUCCAUUGACAGAUGAACUAGUUGCAAAUGAUGGAUCAAAAUUUAAAUUUAAACCACCAACAGGCGAUACACUACCGAAGAAAGGUUUUGAUCCUGGUCAAGAUACAUAUCAACCACCGGUGACAGAUACUUCCAAAAUCACAGUUAAAGUUGAUCCGUCAAGUCAACGUUUACAAUUACUUAGUCCAUUUAAGAAAUGGGAUGGUAAAGAUUUAACUGAAAUGCCAAUAUUAAUUAAAAUUAAAGGAAAAUGUACUACAGAUCAUAUUUCAGCUGCUGGGCAAUGGUUAAAAUAUCGAGGCCAUUUGGAUAAUAUUUCAAAUAAUUUGUUCAUUGGAGCUAUUAAUGAAGAGAAUAAUGAAAUGAAUAAAGUAUUACAUCGUCCAUCUGGUCAGUGGGAUACUGUUCCAAUGGUAGCUAGAAGAUAUAAAACGGAUGGUAUCAAUUGGUGCGUUAUCGGUGAUGAGAAUUAUGGUGAAGGAAGUAGUCGAGAACACGCUGCCCUGGAGCCUAGACAUUUAGGUGGUCGUGCAAUUAUUGUGAAAAGUUUUGCACGUAUACAUGAGACAAAUUUGAAAAAACAAGGAAUGCUUCCAUUGACAUUUGCAAACCCAUCAGAUUAUGAUAAAAUUAAACCGUCAGAUAAAAUUUCCCUGUUAGAUUUGAAAAAUCUUCAACCUGGCAAACCUGUUCGUUGUGUAAUCCACCAUAAAAAUGGUAAAACUGAAGAAGUUCAAUUAUUGCAUACAUUUAAUGAGAAUCAAAUUGAAUGGUUCAAAGCUGGAAGUGCUUUAAAUCGAAUGCGUGAAUUAGUCAGUAAACAACAUUAAAUUCUGUUUAUCAUAUAACGUCUUAUACUUACUACCUUCCUUUUGAGAUAGUUGCUAACCAAUUUUUUUAAAAAUUUGUUUAGUUUCUUUGUUUAUUCUUCUUGAAUGAACUUCCUUUUCAUUCAACUCAUACAUUUCUAUUUCUAUGCUGUUUUGUAGUCAUAUAUAUAUCAGUUAGCUAUGCAAUUUAGUAAUCUACAAAUUACGCAUUUUCACAUUAAUUUAUUCCCUCCCAAACUAUCCCCCACUUUCUCCCUCCAUAUUGUUUUGCAUUAGUAGAGUUUGUAAUCAGUCACUUGUCAUUUCAGAGUUUAAAAUAGUCUUGAUACUAUUUACAUAUAUGUAUUGAUUGUUAGUUUGCAUUUUCUCAAACAUACGUGCAUGGAUCCAUACAAACAAGCGUACACAUGGUGACCUAUGAAAAUGGAACUACUUGUGCAACGUAUCGUUUUUUUUCUCUGUUUUUUUAUAGACAGUGAAUAUUUGUAUUCAUUGUUUAAAAUAAACAACUUGAGCUUUUGUGAAUAAAAUGUUACAUAUGAUUAACGGGAAUGGUUUUGGAGAAGUAAAUUACUCAAUCCUUUUUUUAAUUGUUAUAUCUUGUGGCAUUGUGCCCCUAUCAAUGUGAUUGAAUGAUACCGCCAAUUACAGAAGAGUGAUUUAUCGACCGGAGCAGGGACGCGUAAACGCUUACGAUGAAUCUAGUGUUCUUAUCGAUCCUUCUUCCUGCCUAGCUCUGCCUGUUGAGUCCAGAACACCAUUCUCAGCUUCUGCUAUAUGAAUCAUAUAUUUCAAACAUACUGGGUUUAUAUACAAACCAAAAAGAGUACAUCGUACCAUAAAAUAGAAAAUAACAUUUGUACAUGAUCUAACCAAAAGUGGCUGUGAAUGUGAGAGACUGUAAUUAAUGGAAGAACAUGAAUAUGCAUAGUUUAGCUACUUAACAGUAAUACAGUAAAAAUUUAGGUAUCGUAUUUUUCCAUAAAUAGUUCUAAAAAGUUACCAUUCAUAAUUCUCGUCAGGAUAUAGCACAUACCUUUCCAUUCUGUCUUUUCAAACCAUAUUCUCAAGUUUCAGUUCUUUUUAUCUGUGCUACUACAUUAUUUCGAUAUUCUUUGUUAUUUGCAUAUCGUCGUGUUGAUCUGUUAUGGUAACUUGAGUCGACGCAUAUCUAAGUCAGGCUCGGUUUUGAUCAUGUCUAUCUGUCUAUUCUAUGAUAAAAGUACCUUUAAAUAAAACAUACACCUACA